AGACUAUUGAAAAUUAAUCUUAGAAGAGGUAAAUAAAAAUUUCUAAAUUGACACUUCUAAUUCUAAGGAUAAACGACGUAUGAAUUUGAAAAAAAAAAUCUAGUAGCUUAAUAAAUUUAGUUUAUAAUAUAAAAGAUAAUUUUUAUUUUAUUACAAAAAUUAUAUUUAAUAUAUUUUAAAUUAAAUUUAAAUAUAUAUUUAAAUUAGAGAGUGUAAAACAAAAAAAGAUUCGAUUCGGGGGGAGGAGAAUCAAUAUAUCAAUAUCAUUUAUUUAUCAAUUUUAAAGGUGAUCUUAAUUUAUCGCAACACAAGAAGAUUAAAGUUGAUAAUUACCGGUCCUCUUCGUUUCUACAAAGAGCCAAAACUAAUGAAGUUGAUUAGGAUUAUCACACUUUUCUACUCUCCAAAAAAGAAACUCGAAUAUUUUCUAUAUAAAAACAAACAGAAAAAAGGAAACUGGAGCAAAGGCCUAUUUUAGUAAUUGAAUACUGUCUGCAAGAAAACCCUCCAGCAAGCAAAACCUGUACCAUAUGACUGACCCCAAAACCAACAAGCCACACACACCACACCAGCACCAGUCCCUGUUUCACCCAUUCUAUAUUUUCUACCAUAAAACAAACAAUUCCAUCGUCUUCCUCUCUCAAUUCUCAGUAUCAGAAAGAGAGACUUGGAACUGUCUUCACAAAUGAAAAUGGCUACAUUUCUCGUCUUCCUUUUAAUUCUCUUAUCUUCACUUAAUGGUUCACACCAACAGCAGCAGCAGCAGCAGCCACUCCUAAACACUCUAGAACAAGACUCACUCUUCAAGGUUCUCUCCUCUAUUAACUCAGCCAUCCCGUGGCCCACUCUCUUUCCACCAGAUGACCUUUGUUUCUCUCCUCCACACGGCGUUGUUUGUGAAUACUUCAGUGAAGAACCCAGCACCCAAGGAAACGAUACCCUUUCGCUUCACAUAACAGAGCUAAAUUUUGGGUAUGUUUCUGACUAUUCGCCAAACCCACCUUGUUCUUCUAAUUCCACUCUUAACCCACUUAUCUUCACUUCCUUUAAGUACCUCCGUAAGUUGUUCUUUUACAAGUGUUUUAUAGAGACAGCUGUUUUAGUGCCUAAUGUUUCUCUGACUAGUUUUGGUUCUAAUCUUGAAGAGCUUGUGUUUAUUGAAAACCCAGGUUUAGUUGGGUCUAUCGAUGGCAUUAUUGGUAACUUCAGUAGUUUAAGGAGGUUAGUGUUGACUGGAAAUGGGGUUUCUGGGAAUAUCCCAGAUGGGAUUGGUGAUUUGGUUAAUAUUGAAGAAAUUACCCUUUCAAGAAACAACUUAACUGGUGGUUUACCAUUUAGUGUUACCAAGUUGAAGAAACUCAGAGUCUUGGAUUUGAGUCAAAAUCACUUUGAUGGAAAGGUCCCCGAGUCAGUAGGUAAUUUAUCUCAGGUUUUAAAGCUUGAUUUGAGUUCUAAUAGGUUUUCUGGUAAAAUUCCAGAUAGCAUGGUUCAUUUGCAGAAUUUGGAGUUCUUGGACUUGAGUUUUAACAGGUUUGGUAACUUUGGAAUCCCACUAUUUCUAGGAAAAAUGCCCAGAUUGAGAGAACUUUAUUUGAGUGGGAAUUUACUAGGAGGGCAUAUUCCAGAAAUAUGGGAAGAUCUUGGGGGUAUUUCAGGAAUAGGAUUUUCUAACAUGGGUUUAGUUGGGAAGAUUCCAGCUUCAAUGGGAGUUUACUUGAAGAAUUUGUGUUAUUUAAGGCUUGAUAGUAACAAGCUUGAAGGGAAAGUGCCAAAGGAGUUGGGGUUCUUGGAGUUUGUGAAUGAGAUCAAUUUGGAGAACAAUAAUUUGAGUGGUGAAAUUCCAUUUACUUCUAAUUUUACUGCUAAGAUUGGUAAAAAGUUGAAGGUAAAUGGUAAUACAGGCCUGUGUGUUGUUGAUGAAGAUUUUGGGUUUGGUAAAAAAACUGAGGGCAGUUUGGGAAAAAUGAAGUUGUGCAACAAGUCAGAUGUUCCUAAUCCAUUUCUUUUCAAAGAGGAUAAUUCUGUUUCUUCUUUAUCACCACCAGUGCAGGUGUUAUCUUCUUAUGUUUCAUAUGGGUUAAUGAUUUUGGGUUUUUGCUUGUCUUUGCUUUGCUAAUUUGAUGCAGUGAGACAGUGAUAGCGGCUAACAGAAAGAAUAGGAUUCCAAUACUCUUAUUUUUUUAACCUUGGAUAGGAAAUUUUUGAUGAGAAAUUAAGGGAAAUAUGUAAGUAUGUCUUUUGUUGGUGAAACUAGAAACCUACACAUACUGUGUUACUUACUGUUGUUUUUCAAUUUGUAAAGCUAAUGAAAUUUCUGGGUUUCAUUUUUCUUUU